AUGAAUCGUAGAAAAAAGAAUAUGCUGCAUGUCGCGUGCUUGAUAUCGGAUUCGCUGUUCAGUUUUGCGUGUGAUGUAGCUGAGAGGUUGAAGGUCCGUGCUUUGGUGUUGCCGGUCGGUGGCGCAACGUCGUUUUAUGUUUAUACUAUACUUCCACUUCUCAAGGAAAAAGGAUAUUUUACAAUAGAUGGUUCACAAUCUGAAGAGGCAGUGACGGAGUUUCCACCCUUACUAGUUCGAGACAUCCCCGGGAUCAAGUUGCAGAAACCUGAGAUGGCGUUGCAAUUAUUUGAUAACAUGAUUAGGGUAAUCAAGAGCUCUGCCGGUGUCAGCUUCAACACGUUCGAAGACCUAGAGCACCCUGCCCUCACGUCGGUCCGGGAAGUUUUGUUGGUCCCGGAUUUUGUGAUCGGUCCAUUCCACAAAUGCUGCAUGACAUCUUCUUCGAGCAGCUUGUUAGCAGAGGACAGAAGCUGCAUCUCCUGGCUAGACGAGCAGCCGCUCAAGUCCGUGAUCUACGUGAGCUUCGGGAGCGUCGUGGUCUUGAGCAAGUCAGAAAUCCUGGAGAUCGCACUAGGCCUAGCCGACUCUGAGCAGCCCUUUUUGUGGGUGGUCCGGCCGAGGUUGGUCUGCGAUCCCGAGUGGCUACAGAAGUCGCCAAGCCACUUCCUUGAGGCGCUGGAAAGGAGAGGGAAGACAGUGAAAUGGGCACCUCAAAUGGAAGUGUUGGCUCAUCCUGCUGUGGGAGCAUUUUGGACCCAUAGAGGUUGGAACUCGACUUUGGAAAGCAUAAGUGAAGGAGUGCCAAUGUUGUGCACGCCUCGUUUUUCUGAUCAAGGAGUGAAUGCGAGGUAUGUGAGCGAUGUUUGGAGGGUUGGAGUGCACUUGAAUGGUGGGCUUAAGAGAGAGAAUAUUGCAAGGGCCAUCAAGAGGCUGUUGCUGGGGAGAGAAGGAGAAGAAUUAAGAGAGAGGGCAUCGGUUUUGAAGGAGAAGGCCAGUGCGUGCUUGAGACCAGGUGGGUCUUCAUACCGAGGUUUAGAUGGACUAGUCAAUCACAUUUUGAGAUUCCAUUCUGAAAACAGGUCGUCAGUUCUUGAAGGAAGUGUUAACCCCCUGUAG